CCCCAGGUUUCCCUAGAUGACAAAUUCCUUUUCCUGCCUGAAGAUCGUUUGUGGAAACAUUGGCCAUGGCAUCGAUAUCAGAGCCUGUUACCUUCAGAGAGUUCUGCCCUUUGUACUAUCUCCUCAAUGCCAUUCCCACAAAGAUCCAGAAGGGUUUCCGCUCUGUUGUGGUCUACCUCACAGCCCUCGAUACCAACGGCGACUACAUUGCGGUGGGCAGCAGCAUUGGAAUGCUCUAUCUGUACUGCCGGCACUUCAACCACAUGAAAAAGUACAACUUUGAGGGGAAGACGGAAUCUAUCACUGUGGUGAAGCUCCUGAGUUGCUUCGAUGACCUGGUGGCAGCAGGCACAGCCUCUGGGAGGGUUGCAGUUUUUCAACUUGUGUCUUCAUUGCCUGGGAGAAAUAAACAGCUUCGGAGAUUUGAUGUUACUGGUAUUCACAAAAACAGCAUUACAGCUCUGGCUUGGAGCCCCAAUGGAAUGAAAUUGUUCUCUGGAGAUGACAAAGGGAAAAUUGUCUAUUCUUCUCUGGAUCUAGACCAGGGGGUCUGUAACUCCCACUUGGUGUUAGAAGAGCCGUCUUCAAUUGUGCAGCUGGAUUAUAGCCAGAAAGUGCUGCUCGUCUCUACAUUGCAAAGAAGUCUGCUUUUUUACACUGAAGAAAAGUCUGUCAAGCAAAUUGGGACACAACCAAGAAAAAGUACUGGGAAAUUUGGUGCUUGUUUUAUACCAGGACUCUGUAAGCAAAGCGAUCUAACCUUGUACGCAUCACGGCCUGGGCUCCGGCUGUGGAAGGCUGACGUCCAUGGGACCGUUCAAGCCACGUUUAUCUUAAAAGACGUUUUUGCUGGAGGAAUCAAGCCUUUUGAACUGUACCCACGUCUGGAACCCUCCGACAGGGGAAAUUACAGCUUACCUGAGAAACACCUGGGGCUGGUUUCCUGCUUCUUUCAAGAAGGCUGGGUGUUGAGUUGGAAUGAAUACAGUAUCUAUCUUCUGGACACCGUCAACCAGGCCACAAUUGCUGGUUUGGAAGGAUCUGGUGAUAUCGUAUCUGUUUCCUGCACAGAAAAUGAAAUAUUUUUCUUAAAGGGAGAUAGGAACAUUAUAAGAAUUUCCAGCCAGCCUGAAGGACUAGCAUCAACAGUGAGAGAUGGUCUGGAGAUGUCAGGAUGUUCAGAGCGGGUCCACGUGCAGCACAUGGAGAAGCCGCCGGGGGCCACAGUUUCUGAGACGAGGCUCAGAGGCUGUUCCGUGGCCAGCUCUGUGGCCAGCGAGCCAAGGAGCAGGAGCAGUUCACUCAACUCCACCGACAGUGGCUCUGGGCUGCUGCCACCCGGCCUCCAGCCAGUCCCUGAGUCAGGCAAGGGCAGCCAGUCCUCCUCGCAGAGAUUCAGUGUCAUCAGCUCGGAAGACUUUGACCAGGAGCUUGUUGUAAAACCUAUCAAAGUGAAGAAGAAGAAGAAGAAGACAACGACAACAGAAGGCAGAAGCAGGAAUGCCUGUCACAAUUCCCUGGAAUCCACUCCCUGCUCCGAGUUGCCUGGUGACAGCCCCCAGUCCUUGAACACAGAGCUGCUGUCCGUGACCUCAAGUGUUCUGGGCAGUAGUGUAGACCAGCUGAGCACAAAGUCUCCAGACCAGGAAGGCAGCCUCAGUGGUGAGGUGAAUGGUGUCUUGAAGGAAAAUUAUGACCCUGAAACAUUUAGUGUCCUGGAGGUGCCUGAAUCUUCCUCUGACUUACUGGAUGAAGAGAAUGACAUUAGCACUAAAGUUCCACAGUGUAACCACGCGUGUGAGAUGGAGCCACUCAGCCGAGUAUUGAACUUACCCUUGCUCCUAGGGGAAGAUGUGGAAGGUGGUGAUGUCACAGGACUCGAAGAGGAGCCUUGGCUGAUGGAUGACGGUCCGAAUAGCAAACAGUUACCCUUCCAAGAACAGGACAGCUGUGCUGAGGCACAUGAGGUGGAGGACAUGGACCCCAAUGACCCCCAAAGCACUUUUUCUGAAGCCCCCCUCCUGGACCCACUCAUGGUGCCGUCCAGCCUCAGCUGGGCCCCAAGAGCUGAGCCGUGGCUGCCUGGGACCAGAGCUGACACAGGCAGUGCCAGGGAAGCCAGCAAAGAGCAAGAUGCCCUAACUGACGUGGGGGCCCCUGGCCACUUCAGCUUAAAUCCCUGGCAUACUGUGGCUAACACAGGUCAGAAAGAAAUGUCUGCUUCUGAAUGUGACUUGGGGAGUUGGGGAGAACAGUUGACUCUAGUCUCUGCCUUGGAGGCCAGCACCCACAAGCCAUGGCUUGAACAGCCUUCACGGGAUCAAGCACUGACUUCCAGCGAUGAGGAGGACAUCUAUGCCCAUGGGCUCCCUUCUUCAUCCUCAGAGACAAGUGUGACAGAGCUCGGAGCUAGUCGCUCCCUGCAGGAUCUGAGCCAGCCAGGUGCAGAUGACACGGGGCUGCUCAAGUUGGAUCAGUUUGCAGAAAGCUGGAUGGGCUACUCUGGCCCCGGCUAUGGCAUACUCAGCUUGGUGGUCUCCGAGAAGCAUAUUUGGUGCCUGGACUACAAAGGAGGCCUGUUCUGCAGUGCGUUGCCGGGUGCCGGGCUGCGCUGGCAGAAGUUUGAAGAUGCUGUCCAGCAGGUGGCGGUCUCCCCCUCAGGAGCCCUUCUCUGGAAGAUUGAACAGAAAUCUAAUCGAGCUUUUGCUUGUGGAAAAGUUACCAUCAAGGGCAAGCGGCACUGGUACGAAGCCCUUCCCCAGGCGGUGUUUGUGGCCCUGAGUGACGACACGGCCUGGAUCAUCAGGACAAAUGGAGACCUGUACCUGCAGACAGGUCUCAGCGUGGAUCGCCCGUGUGCCCGAGCUGUGAAGGUCGACUGCCCAUACCCACUGUCCCAGAUCACAGCUCGAAACAGCGUGGUAUGGGCACUGACGGAACAGAGGGCCCUCCUGUACCGGGAGGGUGUGAGCAGCUUCUGUCCAGAAGGGGAGCAGUGGAAGUGUGACAUCGUCAGUGAAAGGCAAGCUUUAGAACCUGUUUGCAUAACUCUCGGGGAUCAGCAGACCCUCUGGGCACUGGACGUCCGUGGAAACUUGUGGUUCAGAACUGGCAUUGUUUCCAAGAAGCCCCAAGGAGAUGAUGACCAUUGGUGGCAAGUGAGCAUCACAGACUAUGUGGUGUUCGACCAGUGCAGCUUAUUCCAGACAAUAAUCCAUGCCACACACUCAGUGGCCACAGCAGCCCAAGCACCCGUAGAAAAGGUGGCGGAUAAACUUCGAAUGGCAUUUUGGUCUCAGCAGCUGCAGUGCCAGCCAAGCCUUCUCGGGGUCAAUAACAGUGGUGUCUGGAUCUCCUCAGGCAAGAAUGAAUUCCACGUGGCUAAAGGAAGUCUCAUAGGCACUUACUGGAAUAAUGUUGUUCCCCGUGGGACAGCUUCCGCAACAAAGUGGGCCUUCGUGUUGGCUUCCGCUGCCCCCACAAAGGAAGGAAGCUCCUUGUGGCUGUGCCAGAGCAGCAAGGACCUGUGCAGUGUCAGCGCCCAGAGUGCACAGUCCCGCCCCUCUACAGUGCAGCUGCCUCCUGACACUGAGAUGAGGGCCUAUGCCGCCUGCCAGGAUGCGCUGUGGGCCUUGGACAGCCUCGGCCAGGUGUUUAUCAGGACACUCUCCAAGAGCUGCCCAACGGGCAUGCACUGGACCAGGCUGGACCUUUCCCAACUAGGAGCUAUAAAACUGACAAGCUUGGCAUGUGGAAAUCAGCACAUCUGGGCCUGUGAUUCCAGGGGUGGAGUUUACUUCCGUGUUGGAACCCAACCUCUAAAUCCCAGUUUGAUGCUUCCAGCCUGGAUCAUGAUUGAGCCACCUGUCCAGCCUGCCGGGGUCACCUUAGUCAGCGUCCAUGCCAGCCCCAACGACCAGAUGCUGUGGGCGCUCGACAGCAGAUGGAACGUGCACGUCCGGGCUGGGAUCACCGAGGAGAUGCCCGUAGGGACGGACUGGGAGCAUGUGCCAGGUCUACAGGCCUGCCAGCUGGCACUGAGCACCAGGACCGUGUGGGCCCGCUGUCCAAAUGGUGAUGUUGCCCGACGAUAUGGCAUCACAGACAAAAACCCUGCUGGAGACUACUGGAAGAAAAUUCCUGGAAAUGUGUCAUGUGUCACAGUGACCUCGUCAGAUGAGCUCUGGGCAGUGGGCCCACCCGGCUACCUCCUCCAGCGGCUGACAAAGACGUUCAGCCACUUACACAGUGCCCAGAAGAGCAGCCAGGCCGCCACCCCCCACCCCGAGGACCUGGAGGACGAGUGGGAGGUCAUCUGAAGGAGCCUGGGGACAGAGUCGCUGAAGGGGAGGAGGCCAGGCUUCUGUAUGGACACAGUUGGUUUCCGAGUUGCUCGCUUGUGGACAUGCCUCACUGACCCUUGUCCAGGUGUGUCUGUCAAGGUUGGACACCCCCCACUUGCUUUCACCCAUGUUUGUUUCUGUCUUGUCCAGAACCCACAGCCUCAGCCGAGUGACUGGAGCUGUUGCUGUAGCAGCAGUGCCUUUGAGCUCUAGCGAGGCCAGCUCCAGAGGGGACAGUGGCCCUGCCGCAUUGCAUGUGCUACCGUCCCCAAGUGCUGAGGGCAUGCCCUUACCAGCAGCUGCGGGUCCACUGGUGGGAGAUGCUGCAAGGAGCCUCCGUGGGCAGGCUGAGUCAGAGCAGGAGCAGUGGCACACCCGUGAGCUCUGCGGGCGACCAGCACAAGCGCUGUUGCCAUGGUAGCAGCCCCCGCUCAGGCUCCCCACCACUGGACAUGCUCAGUGUCUCCAUCGCACUCCCUCCCCUGAGAUGCACAUUCCAGUGCACAUUCCAAGCUGGACACUCCACAUGGGACCCCAGGGCUGUGCAUGAGAAGUUGAGCGCUGGGCUGUGUCGCGAUGGGGAGCACAUGCGCACACACAUGCACACACACACGCACACACCAGGCCCCUGCCGCCCACACACAGGGCGGGCUGCUUACCUCCUGGAGGACACGCUUCAGCCAAAACAGUAAAGGCAAGUGGAUGCACAUGGAACAUGGCAGCAUGCACAUGUGUCCAAGGCAGGACGGCACAGGAGGGUGCUGGCCACGCAUGGGGCUUAGCCACGGUAGCUCACUUAGAAAUGUCGGGGGGAUAUGAACUAAUGCUGCUGGUGGACGUCACAAAACCAGAGGCAUCCUCAGAGGAUGAACCUCCUGAUUAUUGCCUUUUUUGUUUAUUGUAUUACAAAUCUUCAUAAGAUACCUCAUUUGAAGUCAAAUCUUACAAAUUUAGAAGAGAAAUGUAUUUUCUGAAAAUAGUGGAAGGCCUUUUGCUCCUUCCUGGGGUUUACCCUGAGCCUGUCUGUCCUCACCUGCAGCUUCGGAGGGCUGGGCGGGCCGCAGCAGGUGGAAGCCAGUGCCUGCUGUGGAUAGUCCUUGGGGUCAGCCAGUGCCACUCUCUAAUGGCAUCUGAGCUCCAGCACCAGGCCGCCCAGCCACGUGUCCUGCCCUGAGCCACUGCCCUCUCCGUCCUGGAGGCAGCUCCAAGGCCGGACUCCAGGCUAGCUGCUUUUUUUAGCCUGCCUCUGGCCCAGGCCUAGUUAUCCGAUGCCUGUUUUCUACUAAGCAAGUGUGUCAGGGCACCCCCAGGCCACAGGUGAAGAGAGAUAAACUAUGUUCUCUGACGGGACCCCGCCAGCCAUGAAGAUGGAGGUUUUCCAGGUCUGAAUGAGGACACGAUGCUGAAACCCCAGGUCUUACUUCACACUGCACUUUUAUGGAGUCCUUUUUGUAAAAGUUGGGUGACAGCAGAGGCAGCCCCAGGCAGGGCCGCUCUCCCUCCGUGUAUGUUGUGCCUUGCCCGGCCCCUCAGAAGGCAAAGCUCCCCUAACCCAUGGGGUUGUAGUGCGAUUAAACCCGAGUCUAGGUGAGACUUUUACACUACUUUUAGCUUCAGUGCUUUGUACCGUUUUCUUUCUGGUUUUAAUUUUUAGUUGUGCUUUGAGACAGUGCAAUAAACUAGACUUUUUCCAAACCUGGUUGAGUCUGAUGCUUGAGCUGUGAGCAGGUGCCCUCAGCAGAAGCUCCUGAGGGCUGGUGUUCCUGCCUGUGCGAGGAGGAUCUGCCAACCCAGACCCUCUGCAUCAGCAGACCUGAUCUCCUGACCUAGUUGGUGUUGAAAUAUGUACCAGUCUGCCUAGGUGGCUCUCGUGGGGGAAUGGCCACUCAAGAGCUGGACAUAUCCACGGUAGCCCCUGGGAAGGACACCCUGAGGUGAGGCAGAGCGCAGGAUGUCGCCUCAUGCAGCCGUGGGCAGGCUUUGGGAGUUCAAGUCCCUGGUUCUACGUCUCCAGUCAACAAGCAAAACCAUGUACCAGAAGUACCCUUUGGAAACUAACAUGCAAAAAAAGAUCACAUCCAGAUCAGCAGCAAGACGCACAACAUAGCACCCUGAACAAGGAAUAUCAGACUCAUGCCAAGAAAUGGCGCAGCUUUACAGAAGACAUAAAAGAAAACUUGAAUAAGGGAAGGUAUGUCUCACAUUCCUGGACGGAAGACUAAAUACAUGGUGCAAAGACGUCAGUCUUUUCUAAAGGAAAUUACAGGUUUUAACUCAAUUUCACUCAAAAUUACCACUUAGGAUUUUUUUGUUGGGGGGAGGCAAGGAGGAAUUCACAAAACUUUAGAGCCCAUAGACACCCGUUGGCUGCGCCAGACAUGCUCCGUGGGCCUCACAGCUACUCAUCCUCCUUCCUCAAGCCCUGCAAGGUGGAUACUGUGAACCCCAUGAGACUCAGAAAGGUUAAGUAACUUGCUCACGGUCACACAGGGAGCACUGGGAUUUGGACCUAGCUCUGUGGAACUCUAGACGUAUGCUGUUUGAUGCCACCUUACUGUCCUGUUGGUCCUGGGAAGAAACAGGUGAGACUUGCCAAGAAUGAUGAUAGGUGGGAGCCCCAGCUGGGACCAGCACACCAAGUAUGGCAUGGGCCCAGUGACACCAAGCAGCCCAGCACGGUCUGCAGGGAGUUAACACAGUGAAGGAGAUAGUGCAGAUGUGGGUGCGGAGGGCGAUUUCACAGUUGUGUGGGCAAAAUAAUAUUAAAUGGAUUAAAGAACCUUAAAACGGGAGAAAAACAGGAUUUGAUUUCUGGAUGGCAAGGACUUCUUGAACUCAAAGGUGACAGGGAAAGCCACAGAGGAAAAUAAGUAUGUACCUGUCAUUUCUUCAAAAUAUAAAAAUUCUAUAAAUUAAAAAACCCACAUAAAAUCAAAGAAAAAUAAUUGCAACAAAUAUGACAUUGAUGUUGAAUAUUUACCUUAAAAACUUGUCCAAACCAGUAGGAGGAACACUGAAGACUCAAGUGUGGACAGAGAUGAAAGGGCAUUUCACAAGAGCAGGACUGCCGAUUGUGAACACCCCCGCCCUCCUGGGAAAGUCCUUGCAGCCAGCCCAUGGGUGGCCUGAAAAGCUCACACCCUGCAACUCCACUUGUGGAAAUCUGUCCUCAGUAGCAAAUCCUAAAUCGGGGAAAAGAUAAGCCCAGCCUUAUUUAUAAUUGGGAAACUCUGAAAACUACCUGGGGCCUGGGCACACUGACGAUAUCUUGAGCAGUCCUGUGAUGGGAGAGCACGCGGCUGGUAAAGAGCAAGCGUGUGCAGGGAAGCGUGCCGUGGCGGCACCACACGCGAUCUUGUGUCAACGUGGAAUUUCUUGGGCGUGGCAUGAUAAGGUGGUUUUGUAGGAAAUAUACAGAGAAGGAGCAAGAGAGGGGGAGAGAGAGAAUGCAGGUGUUGGAGGCUGUUCAGCGUACUCUUCUAACUUUGGGUAGGUUUAAAUUUUUUCAUAGUUCCAGGGGGGCACAGCCAGGGCAGAAAGAAACAAGUUCUCCACUUCUGACAGGAAGCUAGUCACAAUGGUUGCCUGUAACUACACACCUCUUUCUGUCUUUUGAAUUUUGAGCUAAGUAAAUGUAUUAAUUAUUCCAAAAAUAAAUAAAAUUUACAUUUUAAA